AUGGGUACGUUACUGCCAGAGUUGGAUACCAGGUCUGUUUUGAACGUCGUUGAAGAAAAUUUCGAGAAAAUCAACUUGAAAACCUAUGCGACUCGAAUGAUAUAUAUUGGAGAACAUACAUUGCCAAGAGAAGAACUUAUACUUCACUUCCAGGAUACCAUCAAUGCUGUUAAUGCUCAUUAUUGUGCUAUUAAUAUACACGGUCUAUUGCUCGUGUAUGACUACUAUUUUCUUCAUAUAAUCGAGGGUUCAGAAGACACUAUACACAGACAUCUGAGAUUUUUAUUUAAACGUGAAGAAAAUUGGAAGGAGGAACAGAAAAAACUAGAGGAGGAACUACUAUUAUCCGGGGAGGAAGUCGGGCUUAACGUCAUUCUGAGCGAUAAGAAACCUACCCAUGAGAAAGUAAUAUUUAAUCGUUUAAAACUCUUGAUGGUCUAUGAUUCUUUAAAACAGUUGGAAUUUAGCGAUUGGCGUGCUAUCACUGCAAGACCACCAUCACUAAUCGGAAAGCUGGAUGUGUAUGGCCCAUUGCAAGAACACUUUGAACAACUUCGUAUAUGCCUCAAUAAAAUCACAAAACUUUGCGAACUUGCGAAAUCCGAUCCAAAUCUAUCAUUUGAGGGGUUGAGCGCUGUAGACCCGAAAAUGGAAGCCCUACCCGAGGUAGCUCUCUUAGACUUUAUGUUAAAAUCUCAAUACUUCCUCAAUCUUCGUGAAACUGCCAAUUUACACCGACGCGUUGGUGACUACACCUUUUAUAGCGAGGAGGUUUGGCCUCUACCAACACACUUUACUCCCCGGCUUCUGUACAAGUUGAAGAUAGACGAUUCUUUUGUGGAACCACUGCCCGUCAUGCCUUGGGAAUUGGUUAAGAAAGAUGUAGACGAAGACGAACAAGAAAAAUCUGCUGAGGGCUCUCAGAGCUCCGAACAGUCAAAUUAA